AUGAGUACUACAACUGCACCUAAACAACACCAAAAAGGUGAAAUGAAAGAAGGAAAAGAAGGAGAAAAAAAUAUUAGACAAACUAAUAUCAUUGCUGCUAAAAGUGUAGCUGAUGCAGUUCGUACAUCACUCGGACCAAGAGGAAUGGAUAAAAUGAUUAUUUCACCUAAUGGAGAAACAAUCAUUACUAAUGAUGGAGCAACUAUUAUUCAACAAUUAAAACUUCAACACCCAUGUGCAUUAAUGAUGUCAGAAUUAUCUAAAUCACAAGACAUUGAAGCAGGAGAUGGAACAACUACCGUAACUAUUCUAGCUGGUGCUAUGUUAUCUGCAGCAAACAUCCUUUUAAAUAAAGGAGUUAAUCCAUCAGUAAUUGCUCCACUUCAUUUUCUUGCUAAAUUAAAAAUUAUGGUUGUUAAAGACAUUGAAAGAGAUGACAUUGAAUUUAUUUGUAAAACAAUUGAAGCAGUUCCAAUUGCUAGUAUUGAUGGAUUUACUGAAGAUAAAUUAGGACAUGCUGAAAAUGUAGAAGAAGUUAGUAUUGAAGAUGAAGAUAAAAUAGUUAAAAUUACUGGUGUUAAAGGAACUGCACCAUGUGUUUCAGUUCUUGUUAGAGGGGCAAAUAGAUUAGUUCUUGAUGAAGCAGAAAGGUCAUUACAUGAUGCAUUAUGUGUUGUUAGAUCCUUAGUAAAAUGCAAAUAUUUAUGUCCAGGAGGAGGAGCUAUGGAAAUGGAAUUAUGUUGUAAAUUAAAACAAUGGGCAGAAACAUUAAAAGGAGAAUAUGGAUUAUGUGUUAAAGAAUAUGCAGAGGCAUUUGAAAUUAUUCCAUAUACACUUGCUGAAAAUGCAGGAUUAAAUCCAAUGGAAUUAGUAACUCAAUUAAAAUUAGCUCAUUUAAAUGGAGAAAAGAAUGCAGGUAUUUCAAUGAGAAAAGAUAAUAAAGUACAAGGAAGUGUUGAUGAUAUGACUUCACUUAAUGUAGUCAAUCCAUUAUUAGUAUUCUUAUCAGCAGUAAAACUUGCUACCGAUACAGUUGCAUUAAUAUUAAAAAUUGAUAAUAUUGUUGUAGCAAGAUGA